GGAGGGCGCACGGGAAGCGACGGUCUCCACUGCUCGUUCUUAUCAGCGGCUUCUGCGAGGUGGGCGUGGUCUUAGCUGGCUGCGGCCUGGGGAGAAGUAGAAAAGCGCAGCAAGCGACCGCAGGACCCCAGGGGUGGAUGAAUGGAGGGGAUUACAGAAGCAGCAGGGCAUCCUGGGAAGACGAGGAAGGACGACUGAACAAGUGCAUGUAGUAGCUGCAGAUACUGUGUGUGCGCGCGCGCAUAUAGGUUGAGUGGGACCAGGGGAGAGGGCUUUGGGUGUGUCUGUGGAGUGACUGGGAAAGGCUGGGGGAGCAUCGCGUGUGUGUAUGUAUGUCCCGGAAAUGCAACAACAAAGAGGCAUCCUGUAGUGGGAGUGGCAAGCAGCUGCAAAGGGAUCCGGACUAGUUCGUGUAGAACGAAGGAAGAAAACAGGCGGGGGUGCUGGAGAAGGGCGCGAAGAGAGGCAGCGUAGCCGUUAUAUGUGUCAGGAAAAGCUGGUAUAGCUUACAAAAGGGAGUUUCUAUGCAGGGCUGCCGGCACAGGGGCGCCUUGGGAAGGGUGUUGCUGGGAAAGCUCCACGCCUCUUCCAUGCAGGGCGGUGGGAACGGCGGCAGCAGCUGAUUCAGAUGCAGACCCAAACGAGUGCAACCAUGGAAACGUAACGGGUGUCCCAUAGUAACCUGUAACAACAACGUUAUUGAUAUCAACCCUUCCCUUCCUUCCUUCUUGUUUGCAGCAAACAUGGUCCUCUUUGCGCCCGGCUAUUCGCUCCGAUUCUGAGCAGGCUGGCCAGGGAGGAAGAGGAGGAGGAGGAGAGCACGGUGGAUGGGGAUGUUGUCUCAGGCUCAGCCCGUCCUUUUGUUAGCUCCAUGUAAAGAAAGGGGCUUUAGCUCUGUCUCCGGUAUGGCACUCCUUACACUUUGCGUGCAAAUACAUACAUACACUUAUCAAGAAAGAAAUAAAGAAAUGCGUUUGGACGAGGGGCAACUAACCCUCUCUCCCCCAUCUCAAUCUUUCCCCCCCCCCGAAAAUUGGCUUAACCUUGAUUAAAAAAAAUUUUUUUUGAGAGCAACGUUCCUCUCUUCUUCCCGCCGGUGACUAUAGGGGGCGGAGAGGAGAGAGUGUUCAGCUGAAUGCUGGCUGAAGCAAGUCUCUGAGCAUUCUCACGACAGUAGCGCUUCACCGCCUCGCGACAGUAGUGUGUGUUGUGAUGCGGUGACUGGUGUGUGAGAGGCGAAGAGCAGCGUCUCUUCCCCCCCCCCCCAUGUUUACUGAGAGAGUUCUAGCAAGACAUAAUUCAAAGCUGGGCAUGCACUUGCAGACCAUCCUCCUUUUUCUUUCCCCUAAUUUUUUUUGAGGUCAUUGUUACAAGGGGUUUGCGGGAGAGCAGGAGAAUGAUGACCAUCCCUACCCCCCAUAUGAUUUUCUUUUUAAAAGGGCGUUGAGCUUAAAAAAAGGGGGAGAAUCAGAACUCUCUUCACUCCUCCCCGCUCCCUUCUUCCCCCCCUUCCCCACGAAUAAACAUCUCCCUCGCAAGUGUAAAAAGCCAGCUUCCUGAGUAAAGUGACCAAGCCGAUGGAUUAUUAAGUAGCAAGCCUGUAUUGUAAGGAGACCGGCAGGCACACGCUUUUCAUCAUCACCAUUUCCCCAACCAAAGCCAAAAUGAAGGAAAAAGCAAUGAUUAAAACCGCUAAAAUGCAAGGCAACAUGAUGGAGCUGGUGGGGAGCAAUCCUCCGCAAAGGAACUGGAAAGGAAUUGCAAUUGCGUUACUUGUUAUUCUGGUUAUCUGCUCCUUGAUUGUCACUUCAGUUAUCUUGCUGACACCAGUUGAAGAUAAUAGCCAGUCUCAGAAGAAGAAGAUCACAGUGGAAGACCUGUUCAGUGAAGAUUUCAAAAUUCACGACCCGGAGGCUAAAUGGAUAAGUGAUACGGAAUUCAUUUAUAGAAACCGGAAUGGCUCCGUGAUACUGCACAAUGUUGAAACAAACAACUCCACAGUGUUAAUAGAGAAUAAAAUAAUUGUGUCCAUAAAGGCUAUUCGUUAUGAAGUUUCACCAGACAAAACAUAUGGACUUUUUGCAUAUGAAAUUGUGCCGACGUAUCAGCAUUCGUAUACAGCUUUUUAUGUCCUCAGAAAACUUCCUGAUGGGGAACCUCAAAAUUUGUAUCCUCCCGAAGUUAGUAACACAAAGCUUCAGUAUGCAGGAUGGGGACCAAAUGGCCAACAGCUGAUAUUUAUCUUUGAGAACAACAUCUACUACUGUGCCCGUGUGGGGAAGCAAGCCAUCCGCGUGGUCUCCACCGGAAAAGACAAGGUUAUUUUCAAUGGACUCAGCGACUGGCUGUAUGAAGAGGAGAUCCUGAAGACCCAUAUUGCACACUGGUGGUCCCCUGAUGGCACAAGAUUAGCAUAUGCAACUAUCAAUGACUCUAGAGUUCCCGCUAUGGAGAUACCCAUGUUCACAGGCAGCCUUUACCCUAAAGUGGAAACCUAUCAUUACCCAAAGGUUGGAACAGAGAAUCCAAGCAUUUCCUUACAUGUCAUUGGGUUGAAUGGGCCUACUCAUGAUUUGGAAAUGACUCCUCCUGAUGAUCCAAGAAUGAGGGAGUACUAUAUAACCAUGGUGAAAUGGGCAACCAGUACCAAAGUUGCAGUGAACUGGCUAAACAGGGCACAGAAUGUUUCUAUCCUGACUCUCUGUGAUGCAACAACAGGAGUCUGCACAAAGAAACAUGAAGAUGAGAGUAUAGCCUGGCUCCACAGACAGAAUGAAGAACCUGUCUUCUCCAAGGAUGGCAGGAAGUUCUUCUUUGUCCGAGCCAUUCCUCAAGGAGGGCGAGGCAAGUUCUACCAUAUUGCCAUGUCUACAUCGCAGCCUAACAGCAGCAAUGACAACUUACAGUCAAUCACGUCAGGGGACUGGGAUGUGACCAAGAUUUUAGGAUAUGAUGAAAGGCGGCAUAAAAUCUAUUUCCUCAGCACAGAAGGGCUACCAAGGACACGACAUUUAUUCAGUGCCAAUACGAAUGGGAGCUUCAACAGGCAAUGCCUCUCUUGUGACCUGAUUAAGAACUGCACAUACUUCAGUGUGUCAUUCAGCCACAACAUGGUACAUUUCAUACUAACUUGUGAAGGUCCAAGAGUUCCAAUAGUAGCUGUAUACAACGUAUCAGAUAUGCAAAAACUCUUUGACCUAGAAGUAAAUGAAAAAGUACAGAAGACAGCAGCAGAAAGACAAAUGCCCAAAGUGGAAUACGAAGAAAUCAAGAUUCAUGAUUACAAAUUGCCAAUUCAAAUUUCAAAGCCAGCUGUCUUCAGUGAAAAUGUGCAUUACCCCUUGCUUCUGGUUGUGGAUGGAACUCCUGGCACGCAGAGCGUAACAGAAAAGUUUGAGGUGAACUGGGAAAGCGUUAUGGUCAGCUCCCAUAAUGCCAUUGUGAUGAAGUUUGAUGGACGCGGAAGUGGAUUUCAAGGGACCAAGUUGUUACAUGAAGUUAAAAGGCAGUUGGGCGUUGUAGAAGAAAAGGACCAAACGGAAGCUGUCCGUAUAAUGCUUCAAAAUACAUUUAUUGAUAAGUCUCGAGUCGCUGUGUUUGGAAAGGAUUAUGGAGGCUACUUGAGCUCUUAUAUCCUUUUUUCUGGAGAAGAGAAUAAGGACCAAAUCUUCUCAUGUGGUGCUGCUCUUUCCCCAUUGACAGACUUCAAAUUAUAUGCUUCGGCCUUUUCAGAAAGAUACUUGGGAUUACAAGGGAUUGACAAUAAAGCAUAUGAGAUUACCAAACUGGCACACAGGGUGAUGUCAAUGAAAGACCAGAAGUUCUUGAUCAUUCAUGCGACUGCUGAUGAGAAAAUCCACUUCCAGCACACUGCUGACUUCAUUACACACCUAAUUAGGGCAAAGGCUAAUUACAGCUUACAGAUAUACCCUGACGAAGGCCAUUACUUUAACAGACCAGCCCUGGAGCAGCACCUGUACAAGUCUAUUGUCAGUUUCUUUGUGGAAUGUUUCAAAGUCCAGGACAAAGCCCCAGUAGUUUCAACGAAAGAGGAAGAGGAUGAGGAUUAACCCUUUGGGCUUGUGCUAAGAAGCACAAGGCAGUUUAUAAUAAGAAUAAUUAAAAUAAUAAGAAUAAUGAUAUGCAACUGAACCUCUCUGUUUUUCCCCCCUGGAGAAAGGAGUAUUACAUGAGCAUGUAUUUAACAAAAACUGAAAAGGAAAAGCAGUCUGCCUGCUUGUACUGGAUCAUGACUCCUUCCUAAAUGGAGGAACUUUUAAGCAUGAGGAACUCAGCAGAAGCUGCUGUUUAAAACAAAAGCAGGAAAAAGAAGAAACGAAAAGAAAGGAUCAUCUUUCUUGCCACAAAGUGACUUCUGGAGUAAGAUGCUCAAAUCAGGAUGAGUGGACAUAGGAAGAGAUUUCCCCAGGAUGUCAAUUAAAAGGCCCUGAGCAUUGAAAGUAUUCCAGCAGUAGGAAUGACAUCUGUCUGUGUUAGGGUUCCCUUAGUUAGCACCUCAUUGUCUCAGAUAAGACUACCAACCAUGGAAUAAAGAUUAUAGCACAAUUAUUUUUCAAGGUACAGAUUUAUGUGUUGUUUGCCCAUUGUCUUCUGCAUUUCGAAGAAUUUGUCAUUGCCACAGAACUGCUCAACUGAGCAGAGGUUUCCUUUGCAGCAAACACCGCUGUAGUUACUAACCUUUAAUUAAAGUUCAUGCACUGUAUAGGUCUUUCUGUAUAUAGUUUUUAUCAGCCACUUCCUUUUACUUCAACCUUGCAAUGUAUUCUGGGUAAGGAGAGGGCAAAAAAAUAAAUACAAUAGACUCCAUUGACGAGCCCCCUUUCUUUCUAAAAACAUGCAGGAAUUCUUCCUGUAGAUUUCUUUAACGUACUGAUUGACACUUUGCUUUAUCUAGAUCAUCCUUAUUAACAUGAAAUAUGUUUUUAAACAUUCCUGUCUUAUGCUUAAAAAAAAACCCCUCAAGUUGUAAUCAGGGAUGGAGGGUCAAAGAAAUCUGCAUGGCAGUUGUCACACUACACACUUUAGAGGCCUACCAGUCUGAAUAGAAUCUCAAGAACUGCAAUGGUCAUGAAAAAGUAAAACAGCAAGCUUCUAGUACUCAUUGUUGUGGAGGAACUGUGAGGCAAAUGCGAGAAGCAUCUCCUAAACUUUGGGACCUAAAGAAUCAGGCCUUGAUGGUGUUAAAGAGUGCUAGAGGACAAAAUUUCCUGUCUGACUGGGUCAGCUCCCUUGCUAGACUGAUUUAUGAAUUGCCUCCUCAGUUGCCUUUGAAUUCCUUCUCUCCUUACUCUUCCACAGCUCCAACCUCUGUCAACUGUAAUAGAUCUAAAUCUGCAAAGGUUACCUUCGCAGUAAUGUUACGCAUUUUAAUCAGUGCUAACAACCCUGCUUUUUAAAAUCUCAUCUCUUAUUGUGAUGAUAAAUGUAGGUUUUAGGGUUGCAAAUUUGUAUUUCUCCCCUUGCCCUUAAUUCUAAACACAUGCCCCCCCCAUAGUUCCUUCACACAAACAUUUUUUAAUUCCUUUGUACUUUUUGUUUGUUUCUUUCCUUUUGUUUGUUGUGGCUAGUGUUGCUCCCUGUAAAUUAUUCUGACCAAAUGUACAGCUAGUAUGAAUACUGAAUAAUUCAUUUUGUUGUAUAUAAAAGGAAUGUAAGUCUAUGAUUUGUCAAGUCCUCCCCUCCAAUCCAGUAUUAUUACAUCUUGUGUUCAGCAUGCAUGCAAUAACACUUGUUUGCUUAUUAGGACCCCUUAGAGGUAUUCAUCCAAACUAUAUCAAUUGUGCGAUUCUUUUUUAUUGUUUUUGACAGCCUGGAUGUCAAUGCCAAUUUCUACAUUUUUACAUUGUGCUCUUGAUAAAACACCCAUCCCAGACGGCAACACAAUGCUGAUCCCUAUCACAGUGUUCAUUGUGUCUCUGUUUUGUUUUAGGUUCAAUCUGUUGGCUGUUGGUGGUAAUGAGAUUGUCAUAGGAGAUAUACCAGUAAAUCAAACACAAAGUGGGGGAGGGGGACAUCUCAUUAUAGUUUUUCUUUCUUUCAUAAUUUAAUGUGUAUCAGGAUUCAUAUGAACAGGAAUUGCAGAAUAAUGCUGCUUCCUUUGGCCAAAUGCCAAAUAGACCAUGUGAAUGCUACAAAUGGCCAGGUUUUGAUAAACUUUUGUGGCUGGUAUGCCUAAACUGAACUUGAGCAGAGGAGCUGACUGCCUGCUCCGUUCACAGCAUUUUGUAGAGGAAAAGCCCGAGUGCGGCAUAGUAGUGUUUGUUCAUCCAUAAAAUAAAGCAUUAUUUUACCACCA